AUGGGUGGUCCUGAGGGGGCGGAAGUGGAGGUGGCUGGCAGUCUCCUGGAGGAGGAACAGUUGGUUUGGGGCAGCGGCGACGACAGGCGCUGGGCUCGGCCCGACGUUGCCCAGGAGACCCUGCGCCGGGGUCCCGGACCACAGCCUGAGGUCUCCCGCGCCCCUUCUGCCCCCGCCGCGGCGGACAGCCCCCCACGGGCGCAGGGCGCGGGGUGCGGAGACUGCGCGGAGCUGCAUUUGCCACCCGGGGCACUUCCUGCCCGCAACUCAGCCUUUGUCCCCAGGGGCCUGGGGGUGGGAACAGGCCGACCUUGGGAGGGGCAGGAGGAGGAGCCCAGCACAGCGGGCAGCCCGGGCCGACCAGCUGUGUAUGAGCCCCCGUACUUAAGAGGUUUCCUAGCUCUGAGAGGGGAUGACACAUCCGGACAACUUCACCCUGUGCGAGAGGACAGGUCUCCCCACCCCAUCCCCAACAUUCCAGAAGACCUCCUGCUCCCUUUGUCGCUGCUGAAGACGGCCCAGAAUCACCCCAUGCUGGUGGAGCUAAAGAACGGCGAGACCUACAACGGCCACCUGGUGAGCUGUGACAACUGGAUGAACAUCAACCUGCGGGAGGUCAUCUGCACGUCCCGGGAUGGAGACAAGUUCUGGCGAAUGCCAGAGUGCUAUAUCCGUGGCAGCACCAUCAAGUACCUGCGCAUCCCUGACGAGAUCAUCGACAUGGUCAAGGACGAGGUGGUGGCAAAGGGCCGCGGCCGGGGUGGCCUGCAACAGCAGAAGCAGCAGAAAGGCCGCGGCAUGGGUGGCGCUGGCCGAGGUGUGUUUGGUGGCCGUGGCCGUGGCGGGAUCCCGGGCACAGGCAGGGGCCAACAGGAGAAGAAGCCAGGCCGGCAGGCAGGCAAGCAGUGAGCUUCAUCUGCCACAUCCUGAGACUUGGGGGGGCGCAACCCAUCCUGAGGUGGCAUCUCUGCCCACGUGCAAACCUGACCAGAAGCGGAGGUGGCAGGUGGCUGGAGAAGCCCUGUCGGUGUUUCCUCCCAGACUCUCAUCGGAAAAGCCUUUUUAAGUUUCCAAGCAGCAAUGCGAGUUGCACCCAUCUUACUGUUUUUUGAUUUUGUUGAUGUAGCUGUGGGGGACCCAUCCUCAAGUUCCUGCGUACAGCGUGGCCCCACGUGUGGAGCGGCCCAGGUGGAUCCCUGCACAGCGAUAGGCGGGUGGGUUUCCUUUCCUCUGGGUGCACCAAGGUUGAUAACAUUGAGACCCUUAAACGUGAUCCCAGAGAGCCUUCUCCAAACCCGAAGAGGAGUCAGAGCUGCUACGCCGUGUUCUCAGAAUAAAGCCAGAGGCGCUGGCCUCUCACUCCUUGAA